AUGAAAAACGAGUGCAUUACCAAUUUGAGAACGUUCCUUGAGAAGCAGAGAUUACGCUGUCUUACUGACACCGACGAUAUCUCAUACUUCGGGUACGCCAUGAUCGAUGUAUACACAGCGAGCAAAGAGAUCAGGCGAGGGAAGAAGAGGGAGGAGACACGAAAGGUCAUGCAACAUAGAACCUUCAAAAGACUGCUACGCGACAAAGAGACAACGCCGUACCACGCGAUUCCUGUACAACUAGAACAAGCCAUCAAAUCUCGAAAGCAGCUGACCAAAGAGUACUUGGAGGAGAAGAUUGGGUCGUUAUUCCAGGCCAUCGGUAAUGAUCUGAAGCGAUUUGGGGUAGAGCAGGCAAGCCCGGACCAUGGCGAAGACCGCGAGGUUCGCGAGUCGAUUGACAGGACGCUUUCGAACGCGAAGGAGGAUCUUGGGACGAUUGAGGCGUUGUUGAAGGAGAGCGGCGUUGAUUGGGAUGGUAUCAAGGAUUAG